AUGCAGACGUUUUUAAGAGUGGAGCAGGACAAGGACAAAGAAUGCAGCUUGGAAUGCACAGGAUCCUCUCAGAAGUCAUUGUGUGCUUCAGAUGGCCGGACUUUCCUGUCUCGGUGUGAAUUCCUUCGGGCAAAAUGCAAAGAUCCUCAGCUAGAAAUAGCCCACAAAGGCAACUGCAAAGAUGUUUCAAGAUGUGUGGCAGAGAGGAAGUACACUCAGGAACAAGCACGCAAGGAAUUCCAGCAAGUGUUUAUUCCAGAAUGCAAUGAUGAUGGCACUUACAGCCAGGUUCAGUGUCACAGUUAUACAGGCUACUGCUGGUGUGUCACGCCCAAUGGCCGUCCGAUCAGUGGGACUGCUGUAGCCCAUAAAACCCCACGUUGCCCAGGUUCUCUAAAUGAGAAGUUGCCACAACGUGAAGGUACAGGAAAAACAGAUGAUGCCUCAGCUCCUGCACUGGAAACUCAGCCCCAAGGGGAUGAAGAAGAUAUAGCUUCUCGUUACCCUACACUAUGGACUGAGCAAGUAAAGAGCAGACAGAACAAGACCAACAAAAAUUCUGCAGCAUCCUGUGACCAAGAACUUCAGUCAGCACUCGAAGAAGCUAAACAACCCCAAAAAGACAAUGUGUUCAUUCCCGAGUGUGCUAAUGGGGGGCUUUACAAACCAGUGCAGUGUCAUCCUUCAACAGGAUAUUGCUGGUGUGUCCUUGUUGACACAGGACGCCCCAUCCCUGGUACAUCGACAAGAUACGAACAGCCAAAGUGCGAUAACAGUGCCAGGGCUCAUCCAAGCAAAACAAAAGAUUUGUUCAAAGGGCGCCAGCUUCAAGGCUGCCCAGGGGCCAAGAAGAAUGAAUUUCUGACCAGUGUUCUGGAUGCCCUCUCUACGGAUAUGGUGCAUGCAGUCUCCGAUCCUGCAGCUUCUUCCAGCAGGCUUUCAGAACCAGAUCCUAACCAUACCCUGGAGGAGAGAGUUGUUCACUGGUAUUUUAAACAACUGGAUAAAAAUUCCAGUGGUGACAUUGGCAAAAAAGAAAUCAAACCAUUUAAAAGAUUCCUGCGGAAAAAAUCCAAGCCCAAGAAAUGUGUGAAAAAGUUUGUGGAAUACUGUGAUGUGAAUAAUGACAAAUCUUUAACAGUUCCAGAACUGAUGGGUUGCCUGGGAGUAACAAAAGAAGACAACAAAGCAGAGACAAAGAAACGCCACACUCCAAAAAAUAAUCCUGAAAGCACCCCUUCCAACAGGCAGCAAACCUCAAAGAAGCAAGGCUGAACACUUCCAAUCCAAGAUAGAUCUCUCAGACAAAUGGGAGAUUCCCUCACCAAAAGGCAAUAAGAAAC